UGCCCGAGGAUGGAGGACGAGGAGUAUGAAGUCUCGACCGUGGACAAGUUCCGCUUGACCUACGACGGCCCCGACCUUGAAAUCAUUGAGCGGAUCCGGCGAAUGUACGAACGGGUGCCGUUCGGAAAGAGCAAGGACGACGAAGUUGAAGGGGAUCGCAAGAAAAAGAGGCGGAAACCUAAAUUCCUGAUCAGGCUUAAAACGGACCCGGAGUUCAAAAGAAAGAUUAUUUUGACCGCUGGGCUGCUUUGGUCAUUUAUGAUAUUGGGCUGGAUCAUUGGUCAGUUUGGUCCUUCGUUUCUCGACCUACAAAUCAUCACCUCCACCACCAUAAAAAGAGGAUCCGCCUUCAUGACGGCCAAUUCCGUGGGGUACCUGACGGGAUCCCUGCUGUGUGGGGUCCUAUUCGACAGCUACAAUAAGCUGUUCCUGCUGUUUCUGGCUGUAUUUGGCAACGCUGUUACGGCGGCCAUCAUCCCGUGGUGCUUUGUAUACGAAAUCAUGGUCAUCAUGCAUAUUGCAAAAGGGACAUUUUGUGGAGCUCUAGAUGCAAUCUGUAAUGCAGAGAUAGUCUACACAUGGGGUGACGAGGGUAGAGCUUACAUGCAGGCCCUUCAUUUCUGUUUUGCUAUGGGAGGUAUUUUGUCGCCAAUGGCAACAGCUCCAUUUUUGGCUCCGAAACAUCAAACAUUCUUUUUAAGCAAAACUCCCGUAGACUAUUACAUACCGGAAGUGGAUUAUGAUACUGUCACGGUGGCAAUCAACGGAACCGGAAGAUUGUCAAGCAUCAACUCCACCUUGAAGUCCACAGCAAACAUUUCGUUGCCCAGAAAUAUUACGUUUGUCACUAAACUGGUUCCCCAUCCUGCCCCAAAAUCCAGGAUUUACGUUGCAUAUCUGAUGUCAGCGUUUUUGGCGUCAACUGCCGCUGUGUUCUUUUUCGUGUUGUACAGAAAAUCGCUUCGAACGAAACCACAAAAGCUGAAAAAGAGACCAAAGACCCAAGAAACACAGCAGAAAGUGCUACCAUUUAAAUCCAAAGUCAUAGCCAUUGCCAACAUGAUGUGUAUCAUGGCAUGCUAUAGUGCAAUAGAGGAUACGUUUGCGGGAUUCCUUGCAACGUUCUGUGUCAAGCAAAUGGAUUGGACCAAAUCGGCGGGAUCUUUUGCUACGUCGAUGUAUUGGGCGGCGUUUGGCGGGGGUCGCUUCUGUGGGAUUUUUCUUGUGAAGUUCUUGACUCCUGUGCGAAUGAUAUGCAUGUACACCGGCCUUCUGAUCGUUGCUUUUAUGGGACUGUUCUUGACCUCUAACGAAGGUUAUGACACGGGGGUUUGGGUGUGUGCCACGUUGGCGGGGUUCGCCCUGUCCAUUAUAUUCCCCACCAUGUUCAUCUGGACCGAGGAGGAACUUCUGACGAUCACUGGAAAAGUUGCGUCUUUGUUUCUGAUUGCGUCAUCAUCGGGCACGAUGGUUAACCCUAUCGUACUUGGAACCUUGAUGGACAGACUGACGCCGAUGUGGUUCUGUUACUUACUGUUCACAGAAAGCGUGCUGCUUUUGGUAUUCUACUUACUAGCGCAACACGUUGCAUCCGUCGUUCAUGCUCCGAAAACAGAGAAAGACGGCAAAUUUGAUGACGUACGCCCCGUGUUUUAUGACGAUUUUGACCCCCGAAGCUUUCUUUCUGACAACUCCAAGGAGCCAAAGUCCAAAGUGAAUCCCGAUCUCACUUUCACAAUCAUUCCUUUAACGGGCGGAGAACCGCAAGUGGCGGAGAUGAACGUUAAAGAAAACACACUUCCAUUCAGUGAAAGUGACGAAGAAUCCGAGACAGAAUCAUUGUUGACAAAUGAGGAUCGAUCCCACACGUAAUCACUGUCAAUGGAGUGUUUGUAAA